UCCCUUGAGAAACCUAGUCCACCUGACCACCUCCCCACUUCCCUUUCCCCGAUUCUUCUCACUACUGCCGACCAGUGUGGGCUACUACACUGAACUGAACACCAACCGAAGCAGCGACCUCAACAACCAUCGAGCAAACUAGCAAUGGCCUCCCCAAUCCACUCGCCGCCGCCGGAGCCGGCCACCGAUGGCGAUGAUGCCCAAUCCCACCCUCCCCCUCCCACCCCGCACCCGGCAACCGAUCCCCCUCCCAUCUCACCCCAAAAUCCAACCCCUCCUCCUCCUCCCCUUCCUGCCUCCGCCGCCGCCCCUACUACUCCGUCACCAAAUCACUCCGGCGAUCCCUCUCGCCCCAUUCCUUCGCAGGCCCCGGCACCGCCCCCUCCUCCCACCGCCGAUCCGUCUCCUCCCCUCCCCCACGACAACCGAACUCCACAGCCGCGGGCGGCGCCCCCUCCCGCUCCCGCUCCCGAUCAACCAGCACCGCCUUCUCCACCACCAUCACUGCCGCCUUCUCCCCCAGCACCGGGGUCCCCGGAAUCCAUGCUGGAGCGGGAGGCGUCGGAAGCGGAUGGAGAACCGGAGAACAUGACGCUUGCCCUUGCGCUGGCGGAGACGGAGACGGAGAAGGCGAUGCCGCCGACGCCGCCGAAGGCCGCGGAAGCGGCGGAGUCCCCAACCGGAUCGCCGCAGAAGGAGUCUGCCCUGACCAUUGCCAAGCUCCUCUCCGGCGAGGACCACGCGGGGACGGAGACGAAGCCGGUGCCCGAGAAGGCCGCACCAGCAGCAACCACCACCACCGCCGCCGUCGCAUCAGUCGGCGGCGGCGGCGGUGGUGGAGGAGGAGGCGUGGGGUCUAAGAGAUGGCUUCUUGGCGGCGUCCCAGAGAAGGUGCGGCGGUCGGAGCUCAGGAGGGCCGAGCUAGGGUUCAGGGUUUUGGCCGCCGUCUUCUGCUUGGUCUCGCUCUCCGUCAUGGCCGCCGAUACCACGCCGGGCUGGUCCGGUGACUCCUUCCGCCGCUACAACGAGUACAGGUAUACACUUUCUGCGAGUGUGUUGGCUUUUACUUACUCGGGGUUCCAGUUGGUCGUGGAAGUGCACUACUUUGUCACGGGGAGACGUAUAAUUCGAGACCCAUCAGGGAAGUACUUCAAUCUCGCAAUGGAUCAGAUAUUGGCUUACCUCCUGUUGUCAGCAUCUUCAGCAGCACUUUCUCGCAAUGAUGUUUGGGUGUCUCGGUUUGGAGUGGAUCAAUUUGCCAAACUUAUCAAUGCUUCAGCCUCCAUGGCAUUCUUAGCUUUCGUUGCUCUUGGUUUUAGCUCCAUAAUCUCAGCGUAUCAUGUCUUCAGCUCGGUUUUUUAAACCCAUUGUACAUUACUUGUUAAUUGUGGCAACGAUAUUGGACUCCGAAAUGGGAAUACACGGUGAUCUUUUUAAGAGCGUGUAAUGGCAGUUGGGCCUUGGGGACCAAUCGGUUCUGUAAUAAAAAUUCUGUAGAGCAAAUCAUUCAAGGAUGCGACUUUUACUGGUAUUGAUUGACUGUUUUUAUGGUCA